UCCGUGAAAGUGAGUCUAGAGUUGAUCUGGAAGUCUCCGGAGGUGGUCACCAAAGCUGGAGAAUCUGAGUAACUGAAGUAUCUUCCAUUUAGUCCAGAAGCUAAAAGUUCUGCAAAAUGGGUGUUUAUUGUCCUAAAGUGAUCCUCAAGUUCUUAAUCACUUCGAUUAUCGUAAUUACAGUUACAGCUAAACCUAUACCGAAUGAUUUUUCGAAUUUUGGGCAAACACUUUCUGAACAGAUAAAUAGGGCCGUUAAUGAGAACUUGAAAUAUUUGCCAGAUUUUAGUAACUUUGGAGACACAAUUAGUCAGAGUGUUACAACUCACAUUGAAAACGCGAUGUGGUACAAAGGAGCCAAUGUUUGCUCCACAGAAGAAGUUCUGGAACUAUCAGAUCCAUUUCCUUUCUACGGAUAUUCUUCCACUUGCUCCGAGACCAAUGGAGAAUUUAUUUGUGUCGUAACUGAAAAUAAAGAUGGUAAAACUGAGCGGACAAUUAAGAAAUACAAAUGCUGUGACAACUAUUCUCUGCAGUACGAUGGCCCAAAACUCGUAUGCAAAUAGAAAUAGACCAAUGAGUUUUCAAAGGAAAAGAAUUGAAAUGACUAAAACUUACAGCUGACCUUGACUCUGAAGUCUCGUGGUUAUUUUCCUUAUUCACUUAUUAAUAAGCAAAAGAAUGUUUCUGUUUUUUUUUCAUGGUAGAAUAAAAUAUAGCGGACUUUAGAUGGCAAAAAAAA